AUGUAUCAUUGCAGUACGAUAAAGGAAAGGAAACAACCAAGGCCACGAAGCAAUCCAGAGAACCAGGACAGCUGCGCCACCUCCUAUACUUCACCUCAAGACAACCACGUGAUAGAACCUAUCAAUAUGACUGUCGAGCCUAAUCACAUCUACCAGUAUUCACUGAUUAAUGCCUUGAUGGCAGGUGUAGCUGAUACUGGUAUCAAAGUAUCCGAUUUCACGACCAAAGGUAACCUGGGGAUCGGUACCUUCACCAAAAUACAAGGAGAGCUGGUCCUGCUUGAGGAUCAAGUUUAUCAGCUUCAAGCUUCCGGGGAUGUGCGGGUUGCCGAACCAGAAGAACAAUUACCAUAUGCAGUAGCGACGAAGUUUGUUCCACAACGGACCGUCCAAGCUGUUUUCAAGAAUAAAGACGACCUCGAUAGAGUGCUAGAUGAAUUCGACAACCACGCAGCUAAUCUGUUUAUGAGCUAUCGGAUUGAUGGUACCUUCUCAUAUCUAAAGGCCCGAACAGUCAGGGGACAAGAAUACGAAAACCAACCAUUAGCGGAACUAGGUAGCAAGCAGGCCGUUCAAGAGUAUGAGAACGUCGAAGCUACGGUUGUUGGUUUCCGAACACCCUCUGCAUGGCAAGGAUUCAUGGUAGCAGGCGAGCAUAUGCACUUCAUUAGCAAGGACAAGAAGGCUGGAGGUCACAUAUUAGAGAUGAUCUCGAAAGGUGAGGUCAAUGUGGGUGUCGCCGUGGUACACAAUGUGCACAUCGAGCUGCCUACCAGUGAAAAAUUCAAUGUCGCAAAGAUGCAAACUGACAGUGCUGGGAUUGGUGGUAUAGAAGGUUAA